UCAGCAGCAGUAGGGGCCAGGCAUCGUGCAGAGGAGAGCUCUGCAGCCACCCCAGCUCCAGCCUCACUUGUGGUUCCCUCAGCACUCCCAGCACCAUGAAGGUCCUUGCAGCUGCCAUGGCUCUUCUGCUCCUUGUGGCCAUCUGUUCCCCGGCUGAGGCUGCUCCUGGAGAUUCCAGCAUUGGCACACCAUCCCAGCCGCAAGACAUCAUCCCCACCUCUUGCUGCUUCAGCUACUUCUCACGCCCCAUUCCACGCAGAAUGAUCGCCUCUGCCCACAGGACCAGCAACACCUGCCCACAACCAGCCGUGAUUGUGGUCACCAGGAACGGGAGGAUGAUCUGCGCAGACCCUGAGACACGCUGGGUGCAGCCAUAUCUGAAGGACUUAGAGAUAGGGGAGUCCUGACUCUUCCCCACUGCUGCCCCAGUGCAAUGAACUCGACCCCCAGCACCAGACACACAAGAAUGCUUGAGCUGCAUUGUUCUUCAAUAGGAAAAUUUAUUACAGUUGACAUACAUUCGCAAACUAAAUUUUGCUUGCUAGAGUGAAAAUACAAAAGCUAUUAACAUGCCUAAAUAAAGUGUUUGGCUUGUCAGA